CACGACCGUCUUGGCUCUGUUUACAGUCCCUCACACAAAAGUCGCGUGCUAAUCUACCCGUUCUGAGCAUUCAAAUCUCUUCCAAUGACACCAAAAAAUAAAGAUGGAAAUGAAACAGCUGACGCAUUUGACACCUGCACCGCCCAUCAAUUGGCCAUGGAAACAGUGCGAUCCGAACAACCGAUAACCGCUGUCAAGCACAAGCCAUGGCGGGGUUUCGAUUGACACCUCAGAUCUCAGCAACAUCAUAUGCGGUGAAGAAUAUAGGGGACUUUCAUGUUUGGCGCUCGCAAAAACAGUCCAGCCAAGCUGACAUUUCUGAAACCAAGGCGUCAGCUGUAGAGAGGUAGCCGCCGGAAGUGAGGACAGCCGGCUUGGUGUUCUACCAAAAUACACUGAAACCGCCUGUGACCAGGGGUUUGGCGUGUUUGAUCUCCCGUCUCACAAUGCCACCUCAGGCACCACCCGGUUUCGCCUCAACCUGCUAUUAUGGCUGUGUUUAUUAACAGAAAAUACAUGAGAGAAAUAUAACUCCAUAUCUACGAGACCCUCGCUCUUUUUGGUUCUUUUCUUCUCCCGCGCACGUUGAUCUGGUAUCACGAAGCGACACGACUUUCAUUUCGAUAAUUCCAUUCUUACGGUCUUUUUUAUUAAUUCUUUAAUUUUAAUUCAGACAGUUCAGCUCUGGUAGCAUUCACUUCGAUUAAAAAGUCUCGCAAGCAUCUCUUUGGCUUCUCGUCUCGUAUCCGAUAUAUCGAAUGGCUUCAAUGAAUAUGGAAGAUGCGGCCUUGGAUCUACAGCUCUCGCGAAUCAUUUCCGCCGUCGAACAGACCACGAUAUUCACAACCAUUGUACCGAAGCCAACCGCCCAAUCAGAGGGUACGACAACUGCAGAUUCACCUGUUGUUACAGUUACACAGGAAAGCAACUCAGAUAAUGGAUCGUCUGGUCUGCCUGGAACCAAGAUCUUUGGAGCACUUGAGAUUAUCAUUGCUCUUGGUGUGCUAGCUGGUGUAUUGCUUCUCAUCAUGAGCAUCAUUCUAUGUGACCGACGAAGAAAAUCCAAGCGAAAGCGAGCAGCCGAGAGAGCUCAGAACAGAAUGACAGAUAAGAGUGAACCACUAGAAGGACACCAACAACCAUCAGGAGCACGGUUGCCAGAGUCAAUAUGGCCCAGGAUGGCGGACAAGAACCAAGCUGUUCAUGAUUACUGGCACAGUGAAACGUUACGGCAGAAACAAGGCUGGAAUCAAGGACAACAAGCUGGCGUGCAACAGGGUCUACCUAGAUAUGGAUAGCUUCGAUAAUCAGUUUGACACGUGCACGAAGAAAAGUAGUAACAGAAAAGUAAUUUGAAACUCUCGAGACUUGCGAGGGCGAGAU